UGUCUUUAGCAUCUGGUCACCCUUAUCCCGCCAAUAACAAUCGAAUCUUUGAACAUUAGCAAUCGUUUCGAUUCAGAAAACGUCCGAAGGGUUGAUCUCAGAAUGCCCUUUGAAUCACCCCGGAAACGGAUUCGUUUCUCUCAUGAGGAGUGGUUGACUCCUCAGAAAAUCGCCGAUCAACUGAUCCAAGAAUUGGAGGACAAGUCGUUUCUGGGAUUUCGAGAAGAGCGGAAUCAUCUCCAAGGUAAUUUGAUUCUACGAACUCUAAAUGGUGGGGAGUCCAAUUCGGUAUUGAUCAUGGGGGGCGUGGGGGUGGGCAAGACCGCUUUUUUGAACCAGGUUCUGGCUGAUGUGACUAAAGAGAGAGCCAAGACCAAAGUUGUCGAGGACAACGUGUUGGUAGUUCGACUCAGUGGUUGGCUUCAAGUGGAUGAUCGGUUGGCCUUGAAAGAGAUCACCCGCCAGCUUCACCUGGACAACGUGGUGGGCGAUAAAGUAUUUGGGUCCUUUGCUGACCAUUUGGAAUUUUUGCUGGCAAGUCUCAAAGCGGGUGAUCAAAAGUCUUCAAAGCCGGUAGUGUUUGUCUUGGAUCAGUUUGAUCUCUUUUGCGAGCACCAUAACCAAACGCUACUGUAUAACCUCUUCGACACGGCACAAUCUCGAGCUGUGCCCAUGAUUAUCAUUGGACUCACGCCCAGGAUCGAUGUUGUGGAGAUGAUGGAAAAGCGGGUCAAAUCCAGGUUUUGCCAUCGAUCCAUUCAUCUGAACAAUCCGACGUCUUUCAACGGAUAUUUGGAAUAUUUCCAGCACUUCCUCUCACCUCAAAUAGGCAAUCCUGACAAAUCCUGGAAAAGACACCUAAAGGACAAAUUCCUGGAUACAAAUUCCCCGGGGAAAAAAGUCUUGAAUCAACUCUAUGACAUGGAUUCAUCCAUCAGUCACCUCAAGUAUAUCCUACACGAGGCCCUGUUCCAGUUUUUAUCUGACCCAAAUGGGUCUUCUUUUGAACCUGAGCAUCUGGAAGUAGCGGCAAAGCUCUGGCGUCCCAAUUUUGAUGAAGAACUAUUACUCGGUCUGACUGUCCUUGAUCUAGCCCUCGCUGUUGCCGUCAAAAACACUGCUUUCAACAAAGUGGAUCGACAUGUCAAUUUCGAGAUGGUCUUUCACGAAUUCAAGACGUUUGUAAACCGAAAGUGUUCCAUGCUGAACUUCGACCGCUCCAUUAUUAUGAAGAGUUGGGAGAAUCUCAUUCAUCUCGAGAUUCUCCGACCUUUGGACCGCGGAGCGAAAGUCCAAAACGAGUACAAAGACUACAUCAUGGACAUCAUGGAUCUGGAUCUGACAAAAGUGGUGGACAAGGUGCCGGGCAUUCCAUUAGACCUUCGCGACUGGGCGAAGACUGGGUUCAGAGAAUCUGCUUAGUUUGUCUAUAUUCGCCUUCAAUAAGUUAAUAUUAAGCCGCUGGUGGGGCCAAUACCCCUGGAUCGGGAACAGUGGAAGUCAUGCGCUCGAAGGCGUCGGCAAAAUCCUUAACCCAAACGGCCUCAUCGUUGGCGUAUUCUUGAACGAUACUCUUGGUUGGAGCGUCUGGACAAUCCUCAAAGCUGCAAGUGCUGUGACCACCCCUGAAAGUGUGAAAAACUCAGGUAAUUCUUCAAUCUUUGAAUCUGUGACAAGCUUCUACUUACUCGUCCUCAAUGUCUAAGAGUUUGACAAGAUCGAUAUCUGCAUCCAACAUGUUCGCAAUCUACAAAGUAUAACUUGAAUAUCAGCACAAUUUCUAAAAAAAUCAGGUCCUUAUUAUUCCUCACCUCCUCGCCAUUCGUGCGGCCUGUCCAUUGCCAUCUUUGGUCAGGGGAUCGACCUUCAUUUGCGUCUCGGUGAGUCCACGUAAUACUGUCGUCCAAGAGAAACUUGUAAUAUCGAUUGUCGAAUUUGAACUUGUUAUCGCUCUGAAAUUUGAGCAAAUUCAUUUAUCUCGGCAAUUCGUGUUAAAAUGAUGGACUCCUUUCUCUCAUACUUGAGCCUUCCAACUUCCAUCGAAUCCCGAUCCGGCUCUGGUCAUCUCACCAAGGGUGUGAGCGCCCAAAAUGGCCACAGUUUGUCGCGUAUUCAAAUCGAAAAUCCUCUUCAUAGUUGCCAUGACUUCGGCAUGGUUCAUGAAGCCCUGGGGAAACUCGUGAUUAUCCUCAGUAUCUGGAGAGCUGACACAAUCCUCACGACCCAUGAGGAAGCGAAGCGGGGGCUACGAAAACCGAUUUCCGAUUACUUUCCCCUACGGAUUAACAAGAUUGAUGCCUUAUGGCUUACCUUGGGCAUGGUGAUGCAAUCCGGGUCGAGACCUUCAUCGCAACUGAUAUUGUUGUAGUCGACUGUUGUGUCCACCGCCACAAUCCCGGCGAGGUUGAAGAAGUCUGCUCUGCUCAUUGUUUUCCCAUUCAACGGCAGCACGUUCUUAUAGAAGUCAUUGAUUUCAACGUAAAUAUCCUCCAAACCGCCAUUAGCCGGAUUUCCGAAAUUUAAGCAUCCGUCGCAGUACCC